AUGACAGAAUCCGACAGCGACAGCGAGGUUAGACGUCAGUGGUCUCCCACUCGAGAAGAAUAUGCUCAGCUAUGGAAAGAUUCUCGCUUAUCCAUUCCGCCUUUAAUUCGUAUUCCAGCUGCGGCGUUGACAGCAUUUGGUGUAGGCAUGACUUUGGGUCUCGCUCAAGGUAGUAAGAUGGCCGGCUUACGAUUUAGAGCCGAACAUGCUCAUAGACUACCUACAACUACAACCGGGUGGUACCUAUACCACAAGAGCAAGAACUACCAUUUGGCAUAUGGUGGGUUGAAGGAAGGAUUUAAGGUCGGUGUGAGACUCAGUGUUCUGAGUACCUCCAUGUUCUGUGCCGAGAAUCUGUUUGAUGUAUACCGAGGCACCAAGGAUCUUUUCAGCACCGUGAUGGCCAGUCUAGCUGUAGCUGGUGGCUUCAGUUUUUGGAAUCGCUUUUCAGCUGCGGAAACUGCGAGGACUGCUAGAAAAGGCCUCAUAUUCGGAUUCGCAUACGGUGCUGCCCAGGAUAUGGUGUCUCUUGCUAAAGGCCGGUCUGUUGGAUAUAUCGAGUUCAUCCGGAGGCAUAUCGGAAAGGUCACCCAACUUGAGGAGAAAACGACAUGA